UAACUCUUGAAGUAUUAAAUUACUUCCGGGAUUAGAUAUUGAAAGUAGAAAUAAGGAAGUCAAAGUAGGCAAUAUGACUUCUGGAGUGAAGAUGGGACAAAUAGAAUGGGCGAUGUGGGCUAAUGAACAAGCCAUCGUCAGUUCUUCUAUCAUUAUAUUAGGAGGAAUACUUGGAGUGGCUGGAUUUUUUAAAGGAUGGGAAAUUGGAAUUUAUGCCAUUGUAGCUGGUGUACUGGUGUUUGUAUUGGAAUAUCCAAGAGGUAAAAGGUUAAAAGGAAGAACGCAAGAGAGAAUGUUUCAAAAAUACUUUACUAAACUUUUGAGUUGCUGUGGGCCUGUUUCCAGGAAUUACUUUGUUAGAUUUAUUAUGCAUUUAAUACUGUGUAUACCAAUGUGUUUUAUACUAGCUACAAUAAUGGGAGGAAUCUCUUUAUUUACAACAGCCAUGAUUUAUUUAGUGGCAGCUUUUAAAGGAGAAGAAUGGAAACCAGUAGGUUUAGAGGAAAAGACAGAGAGUACAGCUAAACUAGAUGCCAAGUCAUUCCGCCAACCAAAGAUGCCCCCUCCCAGAGCACCUCCUUCAGCCAACCAAAUCUAAUCUCAUGGAUUGAAAGGAUUU